UCCCUUAGACAAAAAAGCAAAACCAGACAUUUCCUCCAACAAACGCCACCUUCAAAUUUCACGACGAUUAUCAUCGGAAAAACUUUUCCGAUAUUCAACCCUGCCAAUUCAGGAUGUCUGAACACCAAGCGAUUGACUAUGAUCAUAAUGAUGAUAAAAGGAAGUUGCUUGUGUCACAAAUAUGCAUGGAGGCAGUAAAGAACUUCCCGCCGACCGCAGCCUCAAUGCCAUCUUCCCCGACGGGCCACCGGAAAACCUGCCUCUGCUCCCCCACCACUCACCCCGGCUCGUUUAGGUGCCGCUACCACAGGAACACCAAGCUCACACGCGCCACCAUGUCUGUCGCCUCCAAUCUCUCCGAACUAGGAAGUGCUUCUGUCGCCAGCAAGCUCUCUGAGCUGGCCGCACGUAAAUAGGGGCCCGUGUAUGAGGUGACAUGUGGUUUCUAGAGAUGAGUCAUCAUUGUUGGACAAAUGAUGAUGAUGAUCUUCAUCUGUUAAAGAACUGUAAAUUUUGAAGAACUUGUGUUUUUAUUAUGAUUGAUAUAUAAACUAUUUAUCUUCUUGUUCUUUCGUUUAUAACUAUGUUUAUCUUUGUAAUAAUAUAUGAUGCACAGUUUUGACAGC